UGAAGUGGUGGAUGUGUCAUGGCUGCAGCUCUGCAUCACUAAGCUAACUUUGUCAUCUCUCUUCGUACCGGUGAUUAUGGCGACGUUUUUCGGGGAAGUUUUGUCUGUGUAUUCUCGGGCUGUGGAGGAAGAUGAUGAGGAUCUCGAAGAGAACGAAGAAGAUGAACAAAUUCACAGAGAACUUGAGGAAAAGAGGGAGGUUCGUCUUCACUGGAGUCCUGCAGUCUCAGAGUCGCUGAAGUCCGGGAACAAGUUGCAGUGUUCAGACUUCAUACUCGCUGUGGGACACAACGCUGCAAGGUUCCUGUCAGUGUACGUUCUCACCUCUGCAAACUGGGACGCAGUGGGACAUGCAUCAGUGUGGAACGAGAGGAGCCGGGCUGUAUCUGGGCAAACCAGCGAAGAGUCGGCGUGUGUUUUCUAUAGACAGAAGGACAACCCAUCAGUUUUGAUAUGCCAAGUGACUUGCUACAUUGCAGAGGACCAACUUUUUCAGUGGACAGAAAAGGUCUUUGACUGUCUGCAGCACAGAGAGCUGAAUGUCACAGUGCUCUCAGACAGCCCUAUGGCUGAGUACAAGGCUGCAGAUUAUCUGUGCUCUAGCUCCGCCCCCUUCCUGCGGUCUCUGCACACAGGUGUGUUCAGUGGUCAGCCUGUCUGCCAACCACUGGAGCAGCCUAACAUAGUUACUGGACUCCCAGCUGCAGUGCUGAACCACUGUGAGGUCCACCGCAUCGCCACUGUUAUUUACCAGUGUUACAGUGAUGUCACUGGCCCUGACUCUGUCACCAUGGAGACCUACAAGCCUGCACUAACUAAGCUUGGCAAGUCCAUGCAGUUGGACCCGUCUCCGAGCACAGAUGUCCUCCGCAAGUUUGUCACAACCACCAACAUUCAGAGUAAUCUUUAUAUCUGAAAAUGACCUACAGUGCAAUUUCAUUCUAUUUUCCUGUGGUAAAUACUGUCAUUUUUUAAAUAAAGAAAAUAUUUUAAAAAUC